CGUAAUCCCGACGACAAUCGCAACCAAUUGAUUUCCGCAAACACAGCCACCCAAAUCCUACAUCUUUCACAAACACCCACAGAUUCCUCCUUUCCCAUCCCAUCACAAUUCACGUAUGUAAUCCUGUCCUUUGUCAAAUACCUCUUGUAAAGAAUUCGGUUACCAAAUCCUUCUAGUCCAACCACAGUCAUAGAAUAUGUGAUACUAAAUUUCUGGUAGUCCACAAAGGUCAUUCAUCACAUCCUUUGUGUAUUCUAGGCUAGCUCCUGUCGGUAGGACAUUUCUAAUCCAUUUCCAAGCGAGCACCUUUUAUUAGUGUUGUGGUAUAUGAUCCACGAUUGAACCUCUCCCAACAACUCGAGUUAUUGGUACCAACUGGUUCUUGACAUGGUAUCAUAGUCUUAUGUGACCGAGAGGUCUUGUGUUCGAUUCCCAGUGACCCCCAUUUGUUAAGCACAUUGUAUUCUUGUCUUCAGACCUGUGCAAACUUCAAGCCCUUGUAAGUGGCUUUCGUUUGAGGUUUGUACUCUUUUUCCCUUUAGAUGGUUGGUUGGGACAUGAUUAACCGAUUUGUUGUUGACUUGGACUUAAUAUGAUUUCGAUUUAUCAAUGCUCUAUAUAAUUAGUUAAUUACAAUUGCAUUAUAUUAUUAUUAUUAUAUUAAUAUUGUUGUUAUUAUUAUAUUAUAUAUAAAAGAGGUUUUUUAUUUGACACUAAACAUAGUGCACUUCACAACCCAUUUCUUUUAUUUUUAUUAUUAUACAAUUCAUUUUCUUAUUUUAUUUUUGACUUUUUUUUAACCCAGACUCAUGGCUAUGCAACCUAAUUCGACCUUGUCAAAGUGAGUUGAACCCAAUGGUGAUGAGUUUUGAGUCGAGUCUUUUUUGUUUUCUUUUUUUUAACCCAAACUCAUGGAUUACUAACCUAAUUCGAUACGGUCAAAGCAAGAUGAACUCGAUAUUGACGAGUUUUAAGUUAGGAGCAAGUUUAAGCACAUUAAUAAUUGAUGGGUUGGCAUGGGUGUGAAUUUUGUUAAAACCUUGGCCAGCAUUCCAUCCGAACUGCACCUAAAAAGCAAAAAAAAAAAAUCGACACAGUCAAAGCGGGUUGAAUCCGGUGUUGAAGAGUUUUGGUUCAUGAGCGAAUUUUACCCUCUUUGCUAAUUGAAGGGUUGGGUCGAGUGUGCUUUUUGUUAAAACUUAAAAACUCAGUCGACUUUGCAUCUGACACCUGAAAGACAAAACAACCAACAAGGUCAAAGCUGGUUGAAUCCGGUAUUGACAAAUUUUGGUUCGGGAGCAAGUGGGACCUGGUGUUGACAAGUUUUUGGUCGUGAGCAAGUUUACACGCUUUUUUAGAUAACGAGUUGGAUCGGAUGUGGAUUUUAUUCAAAACUCGACCCACUUUUCAUCCUGCCCGCACUAAUAAAAAACUAAACUAUCGACCCAGUCAAAACCGUUGGACUUGGAAUUGACGAGUUUUGGUCGAGACUGAGUUUUACCCGCUUUUAUGAUUGGCAGGAUGGGUGUGGAUUAUGUUUAAACUCAUUUCGCUUUCCAACCGAACCGCGCAAAAAAAAAAACAUAACAAUGUCAUUAUAGGGACGGGUGUCCAAUCUAAUUGAACACGAUUAGUGGUUGAGCCUGUUGGUGACGGGUUUCGAGCCUGGAGCGAGUUAUACCCCCGAUUUUGUGAUUUGCUGGUUGUGUUGAGUAUGACUUUUUGUUAAAAUUCAGUAUGCUUUCUAUUUGACUCGCACGAAAAAGACAAAACAAUGUCGAAUUCCUAAUACUGCUUACUCUCUUCACCUUACGAAAACACAAUUCUAUUGUGAGAUGAUAUAAUGAACGAUGUUUAAAACUAUUAUGUAAUAAAUCGAUAAUGUUACUUCUCAUAAUGUUAACUAUCUGUUUAUAUAAUCCCAAAUUACUAAAUUCACGGCCCGACUGCAGAACCGGACUGUCGUGCUAGUCUAUUUUAAUGGAUGAGACUAACAAUCUUCACUUUAAUAAAGAGUAGAAUAACAAUUGGAUGAUAUUUGCCUGCAUGCCAGGCUGUAGGGUGAGCCUGCAACCUCCCCACGUGCCUUCACCUCAUUAGUUGAGGUUUCCAUUUUUUUUUUCAUUUUAAAUUCUACAAUAAAUCUCCUAGUUUAGCUAACGGAGAUACAAUAAAAGUAAAACAACCCCCAAAAACAAGAUCUCUGUCGACUAAAUUUAAUUAUUUAGUUAUUUUUAAUAAACUAUCACUUAUGUAUUUUUAUUGUUGAGGAGAGGGAUAUGUACUUCCCUCCAGAUGCCAUAUGUGAUGGAGGAUUUAAGUAAAACAUAGUUAGUAAAUAUUUUGUUUAAUAUAAGUAUAUAUAAUCGUACGUAUUUUAUCUAUUUAAAACUUCUGUAUUUGUAUUAUUGUCAGACCGAUCCAUUUAUUAAACGUGGGGAGGUUGAAGGCACGUGGGGAGGUUGCAGGCUCACCCUAAAGCCUGGUAUGCAGGCAAAUAUCAUCCAUAACAGUUUUCAUGGAUAAGGGGUGGAUUCCUAUAGUUAGACACAAUGUACGUAGAAGCCGUUGGAGUUAUGAGAGGUGCACUUGUUAUUUAAUAAUUUUGUGGUGAGUAUAUAUAUAUAUGCAAUAAUGCAAUCAGUAACGUGCUGGUAUAUAUGCGCCUAGCUAACUGAUCACUGCUCUCACACGCUUUGUUAUGCGCCACAUCCACUUUCCGUUUCCCCCUUUUUCCUCCCUCAGUAGUUUGCAUUUCCCCCCAUCCAUAGCCAACUAUGGAUCACAAUUCACACAUACGUACUAGAAGUGUUCAAGUUACAUACUAUUAUCAUCGGUCAUCACACCCACGAGCUUGAAAAUAUGUGUGUAUAUAUAAAAGGCCGCAUCAUUGCUCCUUCUCUCCCACAACUAUAACAAUGCACUAAAACACAAGAGUGUGGUAUAAUAUUAAUAACAAGACAUAGAUAAGUAGCUAGCGUGACAAAAAAAAAAAAAAAUGAAUUCUCAUACUGUUUCCAAGGCUGUGGCAGCAUAUGUCCUGUUCGUGGCGGUGUUGCUGGGAAGCAGUAGUUGUGGGAUGUUUGUUGGUGGGGAAACCAGCUUUGAUGAGAACUAUGGAGUGACAUGGGGGUUUGAUCACGCCAAGUCGUACCAUCAAGGAACUGAAGUUCAGCUCUCCCUGGAUCUUGCUUCCGGCGCUGGGUUUGAGUCGAAAGUGAGUUACGGGUCCGGAAGUUUUCACAUGAAAAUAAAGCUCCCUGGAAGGAAUUCUGCUGGGGUUGUUACUGCAUUCUACCUGACGUCGUCACCGGUGUCGGGACAUGAUGAGUUGGACAUCGAGUUCCUGGGGAACCAGGAAGGGAAACCGAUCACAUUGCAGACCAACAUCUUCAUCAACGGCAAGGGAGACAGGGAGCAACGGUUUCACCUCUGGUUCGACCCCACCGCCGAUUUCCACGACUACACUAUCCUCUGGAAUCAUCAUCAAGUCGCAUUUUUGGUGGACAACAUUCCGAUAAGAAUGCUGAAGAACGUGAAGGGGAUCGGGUAUCCGGCGGGCCACCCGCUGAAGGUGGUGGGGAGCCUGUGGAAUGCGAGCUGGGCCACCGACGGUGGCGCCACGCCGAUUGACUGGAGCUACGCUCCGUUUCAGGCGCAGUUUCGUGACUUCGGCGUCAGCGGGUGUCCCGCCGCAGCGUACGCCGACCUCCGCGGUUGUUUCUCGCCGAGUUACUGGUGGAACGCGAGGCAGUACUGGAGGCUCAGCAAGGCGCAGCUGAAGGCGUACUUGGACACCCGCAAAAGGUACAUGAGCUACGACUACUGCUCCGACGCCGCCCGGUAUCCUACGCCGCCGCCGGAGUGCGGUUUCCAAUGAUGAUCGUCGAUCGGUAAUAGCCCUGAUUGAUGAUGUAGUUAAUCACUGAGAAAUAAAGAUGGUUGGUUAGUAUAUGUUUACUCUAAAUUUACACAAUGUAAGUUGGAAGUUGGAACCCCUCAAUUUAUGCGGAAAAAUAUCGUUGUAGAAUGUGGUUUGGUACCUAAUAUUUUUCAUUAUAAUAUUUUAGUACUUAAAUUUUUUAAAAUUUUCAUAAUGGUUCAAUGUUUAGAUGUCACUUAAAUCCAUGAUCGAAAUCUAGGAAUCCACCAAUCAACCAAUUCGUGAAUCCAAUCCACUUAUCAUCUCUACCACUAGAUAAAGAUGCUAGAAAACAAGUUGAGCCACCACUUAACCACUAUGAGCCAUGUCAGAAUAGAAGCGUGCAAUCGAUAAUCCAAACCAACACGAACGAACACAAAUUUAACGUGGUUCACUAACACAAUGUUUGCUAGCUAAUCCACGGGCAGGGGGGACAAAUUUCACUAAUUUGAGCAGAGUACAGGUUACAAACCAAAUUCCAAACGGACAAACCAAACAAACUAACCCGACUGACCUUACUACAGACUAGGGCGAUGAAGAGUAUUUAUAGAACUCUUCUCACAAUCCCAAACAGAAAACAAACACAUUUUCCCAAACAUACAAGGAAAAGGCCAAAACAAAGCCCAAACACAAACCCAAACAAAAUAGGCCCAAAACACAAAACAAACCCAAAUCAAAUUCAAGUCAUAUUCUAACAAUCUCCACCUUGACUUGAAUUCUCUGUCAAAUACCAGAUGUACCAGACGCAACCAAAGUUGCCAGAUGUACCAAACGCAACCAAAGUUGCCAGAUGUACCCAGACACGAUACAUAUCGCCAGACGUAUCCAAAUGCGAUCAAAACCGCCAAACUCAAACGCAAUCAAGAUUGCCAGACAUAUCCAAAUGCGAUUCAUAUCGCCAGACCAAAUGCGAUGCAAAUCGCCAAACUCAGAUGCAAUUAAAAUUGUCAGACGUACCAAACUUCUCCAAAUCAGCUGUACCAGAAUCUCCCCUGCCUCCAGAUGCCCUUAAGGGCGGUCAACAAAUCAAAACAUGCAGCAAGUCCAACCCAUGUUGGGACUUGCCAUGCAGAACCAGCUUGGUGUUAUUUUCGUCCAUAACACCAACAUCAAAUUUACUGCUAACUCCAAGCCUGCAACUCCAAAUUGACUUCUCGAUCUUCAAAUUCAGAACAGACAUCCUUGAUAAUCGAAAAACCCUAACCGCAGAAUAGCGGCAGAGCGCUCCAAUGCUACACGAUACCAACGCAAGCAGUGACUUGUGGCUUCAAACUCAAAUCAACCGACAAAGAUUCCAACGCCAAUUCCCUUUGAAUUACAUCAAGAACCAAGCUCUGAUACCACUUGUUAGAAUAGAAGCGUGCAAUCGAUAAUCCAAACCAACACGAACGAACACAAAUUUAAUGUGGUUCACUAACACAAUGUGUGCUAGCUAAUCCACAGGCAGGGGGGACAAAUUUCACUAAUUUGAGCAGAGUACAGGUUACAAACCAAAUUCCAAACGGACAAACCAAACAAACUAACCCGACUGACCUUACUACAAACUAGGGCGAUGAAGAGUAUUUAUAGAACUCUUCUCCCAAUCUCAAACAGAAAAUAAACACCUUUUCCCAAACAUACAAGGAAAAGGCCAAAACAAAGCCCAAACACAAACCCAAACAAAAUAGGCCCAAAACACAAAACAAACCCAAAUCAAAUUCAAAUCAUAUUCGAACAAGCCACUUCCUUAUACACCCUUCUACAUCUUUCAUGCCAAACAUAUGUGGUACAUAUUGUCCACAAAAAAUCACAGUCUGUUGUAGUUUUUGUUUGUUUCAGAAACUCAGUAGAUAACAUGAUAGUAGCAUCCCAAAAGUAGCUUAGUAACAAAAUGAAUCACACUUCAGCAUAUCCAACAACUCCCUAACAUAAGAACAAUAAUAGAAAAGAUGUUGU